CAUAGAGCAUAAAUGAUGAUGAACUGCAGUAAAUGAAAUGUAGAUACUUACAAACUACAAAAACACGUGCAAUCUGUGUAUAUAAAGCAUUGGAAUGCAAAACUUGUAUCACUUAAUUACAAUCCUUUUUUUACGUGAAACCAUGAUGUGGUCUGUAGUGCUAGCUGUGAGUCUCAGUUUGCUAUUGAUGGAGGUUAUCCCCACAUCGCAACAACCUAUUUUAGUCGAUGGUGAAUUAUCCUCUAAAAUGUUUCACGCUCUUGAAAAUUUUGUUCCAUCACGUCCAUUUGUCAAAAGGGAUGUGAGUGAUGAAAUUGAACGUGUCGCUGCCAUGAACAGUGAAGAAUCAAAACUUAUUGGAGGUAAGUUUUGUCGGCCUCCAAAUAAAUACACACGUUGUUAAAACUGACCUCGAUGUGUCGCAGCUCUAAAUUCACCUUCUGCUUCUCUGUUCCUUCCUUGUUGCAUUAACCUUGUAAAUAAUAAUGUUUGUUAA